AUGUCACCCCAUCCGCAGAGAAACCCAGCAUGCCUUCCGUACAAAGCUCAGCACACACUUCUUGUCAGGACCCAGGCGAUUCUCGAAAAUGCAUGUUUCAAAUAUGCGGUGCACAACAUGCCUCAGGUUCUCCGGAGCAGACAAUGGGUCGUUCCUGAGUGUGCUGAGCUCCAUGUUUGGGUGCGCAUCCUCAAGUACGAGGCGGAGGUUAGAUUUAAGGGCGAGGCAAUCCCGCAUCCCCAUCGAAGCUGGAAUAGCUUCUUCCGAUCCAUCGCCAACCUCCGCCACAAAGCCGUUCACCGCGAGCAGUUGGCGGGCAGCGAUAUCGAGUCCUACCUCAGGGACGCCCACAACUUUGCAGGACUGCUCCGUGACGACGAGGGCGCCGAGACGCUGGCGAGGUUUCGAGAGGAGACUCGCGAGUGUCUGGAGACGUUUGAGUUCUGCAAGAAGAACAUCUCGAGAAGUUUCCAGGAAAAGAUGGACGAGAUCAGCACCUGUCGCGCCGAGCUUGACAUACUCGAGCGACAGGCCAAGCAAGAUUUUCUCCAGGAGGACAUGACUAUUCACGCCAAGCUCGGGUCUGAUCUCAAAGAAGCAGUUGCCAACGCGGAGGUGGCGCAGACCAAGGAAGAGGAAAAGCACACCGACGACCAGGAAGAGCGCAAAGCACGUUAUCAUCACGGUUGGUGA